CUAAGUAAGAAAAAAAGAAUAAAAAUUGAUCAUGGCGGUUGUGCAAGGACAGUGUAUGUUUAUGUGUCCAGAGAGUGAACGAAAUUUAAGAGAAAUUCAACAUAGACUACAUCCAUUUGAGAUGGUUAAAGGAACAGAAAAUACUAAAAGACCUAAAGCUGACCCAGAGUCAACAGUUAAAGAAUACAGCAGACCAGCAGCUGGAAAGAAAGCGUUAGUGCUCUCUGACCUUCGACCUCCUGAAGUUCUCUAUAUCACCUGGUCAUAUCUAGUUGAGAGCAUUGCGAAUAAGACAGAUGUAGGCUAUUUGACUGUAUAUAACUUUAUCUUUGAUCGUCUGCGAAGUAUACGCCAAGAUGCUGUAAUCCAAAGAAGCGAGGGGCCUGAAAUUGUGGCAAUACUCGAGCAAGCUGUACGUUUUCUUCUUGCUAGUAGUUAUAGGUUAUGCAGAGAAGAUAUGAUGAAUUUUGAUACCAAGAUAUGCUUUGACCAUCUCAGUGAAUGCUUGAACAGGCUGUUGGUAUUCUACCACUUUUAUCCUGACUUUGCUAAAAACCAGGUCGAAUUCCAGUCUUUGCAUAUGCUGUGUAAUCUUGGUUCAUCUCAAGCUGUCUUGCAUAUUCUUGGUCUGCCUUUUCAUUUAAGGAACCAUAAAAGAAUCAAACUUGCUCUACAGUUAAAUAGUGCUUAUCUGGAGAAUAAUUUUGUAAAGUUUACACGGUUGAGUGAACAGUGUAAUUACAUAGAGAGCUGUAUUCUACACAGAUAUCGUACUUCGUUUUUAAUCUCAUCAUUAGCUGUCAUGAAUGUGGCUUACCACAGCAAAGCUCUGACUUUCCCAUCCUGUGUCCUAUCAGAAUGGCUUGGCUUUGACUCAACACAAGAAGCCAGUGCUUUCUGUAAGGAGUGUGGACUGACUAUCAAAAGUGACUCUGUUUGCUUCAUCAAAGGCUCAUUGAAACCUCAGUCAAAAAUGGCACACAAGAGAACAUUAUGUCACAAGUUAGUGGAUAGUAAGUUAAAGAAGAAUAUGUCAAUGUCCGAUAUCAUUAAAGGUUUUGGAUAUGAAAGAAAAGAAAGGAGUGAAAAACCAAUGCAAGAUAUGUGGGAUUAUGUAGAUUGAAAAAUAGCCAAAAAAAAUCUUGAUGAAGAGAACAAGAAUAAUACCAGUGGAGAUGGUGAAAGUCCCAACCAAGGUGAGCCUGAGGCUUACCUACUCUCAAGCCACCAGCAUUCCCAACUUGGCACCUUUGUGACCGCAAGAGAUUGUGAGCAACUUAAGUAUAGACCACAUUCAAAAAAGGGUUAAGAACCAAGGGCAUACACUACUUAAGGGGACAAAAAUCUCCAAGUGAUUGACACUGAUUUCCAAACUGUCACUAUGGUUGAGCAACAACAAUUUUUUAACCUAAUAAUGAUUAAAGAAUGGUGGAAUUAACGCUAGACAUUAUGAACAUGGAGAUCGUUUAAUCUCUAUUCUAUCACUGUUCUUUCUUUCCUCAGUUGCAGGUAGUGCCUGAAGUGCAAUGCAUAAACUUUUAAUAGAGACGUUUUGUUAAGUAAACAAAAAAAAUCUGUACACAAGUAUUAUUUUUUUUUUAUUACUGUUAUUGCAUAUUGUUCAUGUGUAUAGUAAAUGUACAUAUUUGGUUUGUAAAUAUUUCAUUUAAUUUAUAUAAUGUUUUUGCCUCACAGAUUAUCUGCAUAAAAUUCUCUUUUUUAAUGGUUUUGUUUUCAAGCAUCAGGUGGUGAAUGUAGAUAAGAGUAUUCUGGUUUUGAAAAAGUGUUAGUCAUGCCUUUCUACCUUGUUUAUUUAGGUAUGCUUUUAACAUAUUUUGUAGUGUCUUUGUUAGUUCGUAUACCUUUCAACUAUGUUCAAUUCCUUUAUUGAAGACUAAAUAAGUUUGUUGUAUUUUGCAUUUAUUGUGUCUACCUGAAAGAAGGUAAUGAAUUUUCAGAUUGUCAGGUUUAUGUUAGACACUUUAUAACAAUGUUAUACAUAUUUAAAGUUGUCUUUACUUUACUAUAGAAAAUGUGCAUACGUUGGCACCCUACCCACUGGAAAAAUUGUUCUGUCAUUUCUAGCACCACUCAUUUAACCCUGUCCAUUUCCCUACUAAACUCUAGCACCAUAAGACCUCCCCAUGAAAUACCUGUAGAUACUCCACUGCAUGUGCAACAUGGUAGACCAGAACCCAAAAUUUAGCAUCAUAUUUUUAAUUGUUUCUACAAGAGUUUCCUUGAUGUUUGUCAGUUUUAAACUUCAUCUUAUGAUGAAUUAUAUAUUAUUGGUUUUCUUAUACUGUACAUGUAGUACAUAUUAUUAUUGCAAAAAGCUCUGUUUUGUUAUAAGAAAGAGCAAAAAACUAAUGAAAUAACAUGUUUGUAAAAAUGGCGAUCAUUUAGAUAUUGCCUCAUUGUUUUAGUGGGUGGUAGAGAUUUUCUUGGAAUAUACUAUUACUGGAGAGUGGUUGGCCAAAAAAAAAUCUUGAAUGGGAAGUAUUGCAGCCGAACAGGCAUGUACAGUCUAGAAAUGGACAGUGACGCCUGUUCAGUGUACAUCUCGUUUGUACUGUGGCCGCGCUUGCUGUGAACAGGGCGAGUUUUAGUUGCUAUACUUUACUUAAAUAAAUGAGUCACUUUGCUCAUAAUGGA